AUGGAUCGCGUCAGUUUCCUCCUUAACGGGGUACCUUGCUCUGUGGGCCACGAAGUCAGCUCAAACCUGUCUCUCCUGGAGUACAUUCGCGUGCACAAGGAGCUGCGAAGCACCAAGUACAUGUGCCGUGAGGGUGGCUGCGGCUCAUGCAUGGUCGCUGUGGCGAGACCUGGCGAGCGAACACACGCUGUCAAUUCUUGUCUUGUAUCCGUGACAUCAUGUCAAGACUGGGAGAUAACCACGAUCGAGGACAUCGGGAACCGCUUGAAGGGCUACCACCCGCUGCAGACGACCCUCGCCAAGCUCAACGGGACUCAGUGCGGGUACUGCUCACCGGGUUGGGUCAUGGCCAUGUAUGGCCUCCUACUGCAGAAUAAAGAGAAACUAACAAUGCUGGAGAUAGAAAAGUCUUUGGGCAGCAACAUCUGCCGAUGUACCGGCUACCGACCUAUCCUGGAGGCUUUCAAGAAAUUCGCCAGCGACGCGCCGAGGGAGGACAUACUUGAUAUAGAAGAACUUACUAUUUGUAAGAAGAAUGGUGAAGCUUGCCGUAAGAGCAAAUGCAGCGAAAGCGACUGGUGCCUAGUCGUGGCAGAAGACCUCAAGCUACCCGAGAGGAUAGAGUUUCAGCUGAGAGACGGCAAGUUCUGGUUCAGGGUGCAGUCCGUCGCUGAUAUCUUUGAAGUGCUGCGGAAGAAAGGAGAGGAUAGCUACAUGCUUGUUAAUGGAAAUACUGCUAAAGGAGCUUACCCCAUAAUCGAAUAUCCCCAACUUCUCAUCGAUAUCAGCAACGUCCAGGAACUGAAAGGCUUCCAAAUUGACCAGAACCUGGUGCUUGGAGCUGGCAAUACUUUAACUGAGACUAUGGAUAUAUUCGAGCAAGUGACCAAUUCAUUGGGCUCCUUCUGGUAUCUGGAGAAGUUGAGAGAGCAUUUAAUGCUGGUUGCGCAUAUUCCUGUGAGAAACUUAGGAACCAUCGCCGGCAAUUUGAUGAUCAAGCAUCAACACAAUGAGUUCCAAUCGGAUAUAUUCCUUCUGUUUGAAACUGUUGGAGCGUACCUUACUAUUGUGGACCAAAACGGAAUGCAUAUAGUGGUGACGCCUGAAGAGUUUCUCCAAGUGGACAUGAAGGGGAAGGUCAUUUUGAACAUCCUACUUCCACCCCUAAGUCGAUCUUACAAAUUCGUCUCGUUUAAGAUCAUGCCUCGCUCUCUAAACGCUCACGCCAUAGUCAACGCCGCGUUCCUGUACAAGAUCUGUGAUCCACAAGACCACGUGUGUCUAGCUCGCAUGGUCUACGGUGGUCUCUCUCCACACUUCGUCCACGCCAACAAUACUGAGAAGUUUCUUAUCGGAAGGCAGCUGUUCUCCAACGACACCCUGCAGAGCGCCAUCAAGGUCCUCCUGCAAGAUCUGGUGGUGGAAGACUGCCCGCCGGAACCUUCCGCCAAGUAUAGGAGGGACUUGGCUGUCAACUUGUUUUAUAAGGGUCUCCUGUCACUGUGCCCCAGUAGCACCGUGUCUCCUAAAUACGAGUCCGGUGGGAUCGUGCUGAGCAAAACUCGCCCUGUCUCCAACGGACGGCAGUUUGUCGACACGAACCCUUUGCUGUGGCCGCUUACCCAGCCCAUCCAGAAGGUUGAGGCCCUUAUCCAGUGCGCCGGUGAAGCGCCGUAUACGGAAGACCUACCGGAACUCCCACGUGAAGUAUUUGGUGAAUUCGUACUGGCCACAAUACCAGUCGGUGAGAUUAAACACAUCGAUGCCAGUGAAGCUCUGAAAUAUUCAGGCGUUGUAGCUUUCUACUCGGCAAAAGACAUUCCAGGAGUCAACUCCUUCACUCCAGGAGACAUGUCUUUCUUCUUCGCUCUAGAAGAGCUAUUCUGUUCCGGCCCUGUCAAAUACAAUGGACAAGUUGUUGGAAUCGUAGUUGCUGAGACCAGACCUAUUGCAGAAUAUGCUGCAAAACUUGUUAAAAUUACAUAUAAGAAUGUGAAAAAGCCAGUAAUUGAUGUAAAAGUGGCGAAAACAGAUCCUAACCGGAUUAUAUUGGGACAAGCAAUGCCUGCUACUAGUAGAGGAACGGAUAUUAAUACAGUGAUAAAGGGUGACGAAACGAUAUACCAACAGACGCACUUUUGUAUGGAAGUGCUAGUGAGUGUGGCAAAGCCAACGGAGGAAGGUUUGGAACUUCAUUGUACAACGCAGCAUAUGGACGGGAUUCAGUUUAUGGUAUCGCGGGUUCUCAAGAUGCAGGAAAAUAAAAUAGACGUCCACGUGCGUCGCCUGGGUGGAGCGUACGGGAUAAAGAUCUCCCGAGGAAACCAGGUGGCGGUGGCGAGCGCUUUGGUCGCCUACAAGCUGAACCGUCCUUGCCGGAUCAUAUUAUCCCUUGAAACACAGAGCCAUGCUAUAGGGAAGCGGCUGCCAUGUUCUACUGAUUUUGAGGUAGCAGUAGACGCUACGGGCAGAAUCCAAUACUGCAAUGAGAACCUGUACACGGACAACGGCUACGUCCUCGAUGAACCGUUGUUUAUGGGCACCUUCGACGUCUACAACAACUGCUAUGAGAAGGCGCGGUUCGACUAUAAGGUGUUUAAUGUGAUUACGGACACUGCGAGUAAUUCGUGGUGCCGGUCGCCAGCAUUUUUCAGGAACACUGGAAGCUAUAGCGUCAGCAGAAUUCAUCUUGGAGCGCAUUGCAUACGAGUUAUCACAAGACCCUAUAGAAGUUAGAUUGCGGAACUUAGACCCUGCUUAUACAGAGCUGAGAGAACAAGUAAACAGAAUUAAAUUGCAAGGACAGUAUGAUGAAAGAAGAGCGUUCGUUGAUAAGUUUAACAGUCAGAACAGGUGGAAGAAGAGGGGCUUGAGA